AUGUUGAUUUCUUUAUUACAAGUAUUAUUUGCUGCAAUACGUACUGUUUUAUCAUCAGCUCUCAGAUUAGUACUGUAUUCAAUAAUAUCGCGUAUUUUUAAUGAUUGGUUGGGUUUAAAUAGUCUUAUAUCAUUUUUUUGUUCGGCUUUUUGUUUAUCGAAAACAAUUCGAUAUUUCCAACGUGCAUGGUUCAAUGCUCGAAUAACAAAUAAAAAACCAGAAGAAAAAAUUAUUCUUGAAGAAUUGACAUGGCAAUCACCAACGACAAUAUCUAUAAAAAUGGAUACUGAAAAUGAAUCAAUUGAUAAAUUUGAAAAUGAUUGGAAAUAUUUACUUGAUGAUGAUAUGAAGAAUAUAUUUUCAUCAAUUGUUAAUAUACCAUUUAGUAAUGCUUGGUUAUUUAUUACAACAAUAAUAGUAGUUAAUUAUCAAAUGAAUAAUUUUGAUUAUAGUUAUAUAGGAUCAUUACUUCGUACAAUUGGUCCUUUAAUUAUAUUAAUAUGUGGUUCAACUGUUCGUUAUCAAACAUUAUUUGAACGUGAUAAAAAGGAUUUUUUUAAUAUAAUGAUUAAAAAACGUGAUGAAAUUGAACGUUAUAUUAUUUAUUCAAAUAAUAAUAAUAUUCCUGUUGCAUCGGUUUGUUUACAUAUAUUAAAUAAUUCCGAAAUACCAACGUUUAUGAUACAAUUAUAUCAAUUAAAUUCUAAAUUUAAUGAUUAUAUACAUGAUAUAGGAAAAUAUAUGUGUCAAAAAUUAAUUGAACGUAUAAAAAUUUAUGGAAAUGAAAAUAAACAAUCUAUUCGUCUCAUAUGGUCAUUUCCAACAUGUAAACAAGAUUGGAAAAUUUCAAUAAAUGAUAAUAAAUUUAUAUUAAAAAAUACAUAUAAAGAUUUUUCAUUUUUACCAUUCAUUAAUUCUUAUGUUGAACAAUAUGAAUAUUUUUAUGAAUACAAAGAAAUAAUUAAUGAUACAAUUAAAAACGAAUAA